UUUUUUUUUUCUUUCUCUCUUUCUUUCUUGUGUUUCCUCAUUCAUAUAAAUAUCUAUAUUAACUUGCUUAGAAUACUUUAUAAUGGCGUCUAUCUAUACAAAAAGACUCACUAAAGAAUUAAAAGAUCUAAAUAAAAAUCCACCAGAAGGUGUUAUUAUAGAAGAAGCAGAUAACCUAAAAAGCUGGAGACUUUGCUUAAUUGGUGCAGCAGGUACUAUUUACGAGGGAGAAAAGUUUAAACUAGAGUUUCGAUUCCCCCCGCAAUAUCCAUUAGAAGCACCUGAAGUUAUUUUUAUACAACCUUAUGUACCUGUUCAUCCACAGAUAUAUUCAAAUGGACACAUCUGUUUGAAUAUUCUUUAUAAGGACUGGUCGCCUGUCCAGACAGUUGCUCAUGUAUGCUUGUCUAUUAUAUCCAUGAUUUCUAGCUGUACAAAAAAGGAACUUCCACCAGAUAAUGAUUUAUACGUUAAAAGUGCAUCUACUUCACCUAAAAAAACUUCUUGGGCUUUUCAUGAUGAUACAGUGUAAAAAAAGAGCAAUUAUCUAAGUGGGAAAUAUACGAAUAAUAAUAAUAAUAAUAAUAAU